AUGAAUGACUUAUUUUCAAACUCGUUUAAGAGGUACGCAAAUCUGAAGGAUCAAGCACAGCGCGAUGAUUUGGAGAUGGGGAAUCAGACAUCAGCCAACCUCGACAAGUUCUUUGAGGAUGUGGAUGGUGUCAAGGGGGACAUGGGAAAUGUAGACAAGCUCUACAAGAGGCUACAAGAGGCAAAUGAGGAGUGCAAGAUCGCGACUAAUGCAAAGGCGGUCAAGGACUUAAGGGCUCGAAUGGAUGCUGAUGUAGAGCAAGUUUUGAAGAGAGUCAAGAUCAUCAAGGGAAAGUUGGAAGCUCUUGAGAGGUCUAAUGUAGCCCACAGGAACCUGCCAGGGUGUGGGCCGGGUUCCUCAGCUGACCGGACACGCACCUCUGUGGUUAACGGCUUAGGGAAGAAGCUCAAGGAUAUGAUGGACAACUUCCAAACACUGAGAGCAAAAAUGUCAGCUGAGUAUAAAGAGACAGUAGAAAGGCGGUACUUUACAAUAAUAGGGGAAAAGGCAGAGGAACAGACUAUAGAGCAGUUGAUCGAUAGUGGAGAGAGUGAGUCUUUCCUUCAAAAGGCUAUUCAGGAACAGGGAAGAGGACAGAUAAUGGACACAGUGAAGGAAAUACAAGAGAGGCAUGACGCGAUCAAAGAGAUAGAGAAGAAUCUGCUCGAGUUGCAUCAGGUUUUCUUGGACAUGGCUGCUCUAGUAGAAGCUCAAGGCCAGCAGCUUAAUGAUAUUGCUAGCAAUGUGAAUCGCGCUAGCUCGUUUGUAAGCCAUGGGGCAACUGAGCUGGUUGUUGCUAAGGAACAUCAAAAGAAUAGUCGGAAAUGGACUUGCAUUGCUAUUAUUCUUGGGAUUAUUCUUGUUAUAGUUAUCUUGUUUCCAAUCUUGUAUACUACUCUUCUUGUUCCUCGUUUUAGUUAGUUAUAUUUGUGUUUAACCACUCGGGGUAG